AUGCAGCUCCUUUUACUUGCAGCGGCGCUUCUAUUUACGCACGACUUCACCGGAGCUGUGCGCUCUGACAAGUGCGCCUCCCGCUGCGACGUGAGCUUGUGUCCGAGCCCCAGCUGUCCCGGCGGGUACGUCCCGGAUAGAUGUAACUGCUGCCUGGCGUGUUCACCGCGCGAGGGAGACCCCUGCGGCCGCAAAAACGACCUGCCCUGCGGGGAUGGAUUGGAGUGCAAGCUGCUCGCUGCGGGGAGGCGCCGAGGCUCCAAGGGGGUCUGCCGGUGUAAAAAGGAGGAUGAAGUGUGUGGAAGCGACGGGAAAACGUACGGUAAUGUGUGUAAGAUGAGAGCGGCCAGCCGUAAAGGUGAGCAGAAGGGGAGAGCCGCAGUUAGCCAAGCGCACAAAGGACCCUGUGUACCUUCCGGCGCAGGUCGUCCACUGGUCCGUCCCAGCAGCCCUCGCUACAAGUUCAACUUCAUCGCUGAUGUAGUGGAGAAAAUAGCACCUGCUGUUGUCCACAUUGAACUGUUCAUAAGACAUCCCCUGUUUGGUCGCCACGUGCGUCUCUCCAGUGGCUCUGGUUUCAUCGUGAACCACUCAGGUGUGAUUGUGACCAACGCUCACGUGGUAACCACAGCGACCACGGUGACAGGGAGGCCCCAGCUGCGCGUGCAGCUCAACGACGGCGACGCGUACGAGGCCACGGUCAGAGACGUAGACCGGAAGGCGGACAUCGCCACGAUCAAAGUCCACCCCCAGAAAAAGCUUCCUGUGCUGUCUCUGGGCCGUUCAGCUGAUCUGAGACCAGGGGAGUUUGUGGUUGCUAUUGGCAGCCCCUUCGCCCUGCAGAACACCGUCACCACGGGCAUCGUCAGCACCACUCAGAGAGACGGCAAGGAGCUCGGCAUCAAGGACUCAGACAUGGACUACAUCCAGACCGACGCUAUUAUUAAUUAUGGAAAUUCUGGAGGACCUCUUCUUAACUUGGACGGCGAGGUGAUAGGCAUCAACACGCUGAAAGUGACAGCAGGGAUCUCCUUCGCUAUUCCCUCCGACCGAAUCAGACGCUUCCUCGCAGAGUCACAGACCAAACACAGCAAAGAAAAGACCAGACUGCAAAGAAGACUUACAGAGGAGCCCCAGUCUGAUGCAGACGUGUUGGAGGGGAAGAGACAUUUUUUAGGCAUCAGGAUGCUUGCUGUAACCAAAGCUCUAGUAGCAGAGUUGAGACGUCAGAAUCUGGACUUUCCCAAGGUCAGCAGCGGAGUUUUGGUGCAACAGGUCAUACCUGACACUGCAGCAGAAACUGGAGGGAUUAAGGAAGGUGACGUUAUAGUCAAACUAAAUGGACAACCAGUCCACACCACCAGAGACAUCCACGAGAUGCUGCAGCGGGACCAGCCUCUCCUGCUUGAGAUUCGCCGAGGCAAUGAUGACUUACUGUUCCACAUCCACCCUCAAGUUAUAGUACAUUGAAGGACAGGAGUCAGUAUAGUGGCAGUAAAGGCCCACCUGGCCAUGGGCAACAUACUGCAAGGAUUUAUGAACAAGCCAUGUUUGGAAAUAUAAUGAUGGAAUGAAUGAAUGAUAUGCUCAACCAUUGAAUAAAUAUAGUAUUUUAUUACAAUACUCAACAUACUGCAGAGGAAAUAUAUUACACUGUAUAUAAUAUGAAGCUCAAAGACUUUCAGAAUAAAAGCUCCCAAACAA